ACGAACAAUGAACCUGUGGUGAUCUAUGAUGGCCCGUUGGCCAAGGUGGCUCGUCGUUUGAAACUCUUCUCCAUUACAUCGCUUGGACUUGGUUGCGGUAUUUCUCCAUUUGUCUUUGCCAUUGACGUUCCUGUUCCUUUUGUGGCCAAGGCGGCUCUUGUUGGUGCAGCUGUGGUUACGAGUGCUGCUUCGACGGGAUUGAUUCAAUGGGUUAUGUCGCCUUAUGUCACCAAGAUCACUACCGAUGCUGAACAUGUGAACGAUCCCACCAAAGUCACUAUUCAUACCCUUUCAUUUUUGGCUAAAGAUCAUGCGACACAAGUGCCUGUGGAAGCCUUGGGGCCGUCAUCCCGUAUUUUCACAAGUUUGAUGGUCACUGAUGCUGCAGCGGCUGCCGGCAAAAUCGGCGGCGACAAGACCAAACCCAAGAUGUUAUUCUAUGUUCAUCCGGAACUCUGUCAAGAAGGUACCAUGAAGACAUUGACCGAUAAGACCGGUCUCGGUCAA